AUGAUGACAGAUUUUCGUAAUUGUCAACAACAGUAUUUUGAUAAUUCAUCAGCAACAACAUCAGUACCUGUUUCUGUUUCAUCGUAUGGUUCAUAUUUUCAACCAAAUAUUCAUAAUAGUACAUCAAUUCAAUUAGAUGAACAAUAUACUCAAUUUCCAUCUACUUAUACAUCACAAUUUUAUUCUCAAUUACCCUAUGAAUAUGAUUCGUCUUCAUUUUUACCACAUUAUUCAACACUACAACCAGUUAAUUCAUCUUAUACAUCAUCUGAUCUUAGUCCAGAUAAAUCACUUAAUCAUAUAUAUACAUCAUUACCAUUACAAACAACACAUUCAUUAAUUUCUCCUACUGAAUCACGAUCACCAUCUAGUCAUUCAUGUGAUGAACAAUCAAAUUUAAAUAAAACAGAUACUAUUCAUACACGAUCUUAUCCUAGUAGUGGUUCAUGUGAUGGUACACAUCGUUGUUUAUUAUGGGCAUGUAAAACAUGUAAACGUAAAACAGUAACUGUUGAUCGACGAAAAGCAGCAACAGUACGUGAACGACGACGUUUAAGAAAAGUUAAUGAAGCAUUUGAAACAUUAAAAAAACGUACAUGUUCAAAUCCAACUCAACGAUUACCAAAAGUUGAAAUCUUACGUAAUGCUAUGGAAUAUAUUGAUAAUUUAGAAGAAUUAGUACGAUCUGCUGGAAUUAGUUCAAAAUUAUUUCGACAUGGUCUAGAUGAUCAAAAACCAAAUACUAAUGAAUUAUUACUAGCAAGAUCAUCAACAAUAAAUUAUAAUGAAACAUAUCAUAAUACACCAACAGAUUACAAUAGUAAUUCAACAAUAUCGUCUAUGUACGGAACAGCUGAUAAUUAUACUGAAACGAUAUUAGCACAUCGUACAAUAUCAAAUGUAUCAAGUCUUGAUUGUUUAUCAAUGAUUGUGGAAAGUAUUGAUCCAACUAAACUUAUGAAUUCAUCGAAUAGUACUAUUUCAAAUCAAUGUUGUUAA